UCCACCGUCGAUGGCGAGAUCGGUAAAAAGCUGGAUGUAAUGUUCGGUGUGAAGAACAGUUUUGUUCGAGUUGAACCGGGAUCCUGUUUAUUGCCGCCGCAGUACGCUCUUUACGGUCCAAAAAUACGGGACAUGGAGAUUCGGGAAGACGAUGUGUGGCUCGUCUCGUAUCCUCGUACAGGCAGUCAUUGGGUGCAGGAAAUGGCUUGGUGCAUCGGAAACGACUUCGACUACGAACAGGCGCAGACAUUGUUAGUUUUGCGCAAUCCACUUCUUGAAAGUUCGGCGCUGCUCGUCACCGGCGAGUACGUCGAUUGGUUCUCACAGAUGGGCAAUAGCGUUGAGAACGUUGAGAAAACGCCCAGUCCAAGAUACGUCAAAUCACAUUUACCCUGGGAUUUAUUGCCGUUACAAAUAAAGACUAAAAAACCGAAGAUAAUUUACGUCACUAGAAAUCCAAAGGAUACGUGUGUAUCCUUCUAUCAUUACUGCAAACUUAUGCACGAUAUACGAGGAUCGUUUGAAGAAUUUGCCGAACUCUUUCUGCAAGACACGACGCCAAUGGGUUCGUUUUGGAAUCACGUGCUAAAAUUUUGGGAACGCAGAGAUGAUAAUAAUAUUCUCUUUUUAACGUACGAAGAAAUGAAAAAGGACCAAGCUGGGGCGAUAAGGAAGACGGCGAAAUUUUUAAACAAAACUGUAACUGCAAGUCAAGUAUCGGGACUAUGCGAGCAUUUAAAAUUCUCAAAAAUGGCAGCGAACCCAGCAAUCAACUUGGAACACAUGAUUGGACACAGGGAUAACGUCGAUGCAAAAUUCAUUAGGAAAGGAAGAGUCGGGGAUUGGCGAAAUUACAUGAACGACGAAUUAGCGCAGAAGUUCGACGAGUGGAUAGAAAUUAACACGAAAGGAACCGGACUCAAGUUUGAAUUCAAACUGCCUGGACCCGAAGAAUAAAUAAUCGCGGAAUUUUGCGUUUCAUAUUCAGACGAAGAAAAUCUGUUGGAUCAUAAAAUCGGUUGACUAUUGGAAAAUCAAUUAUCUGGGAAUGGAUUCCGUAUAAAUUGGACAAUGGCUAUUACAAAAUAACAAAUGACACA